AUGAAGGCCACUUUUGCUCGAGCGCAGAAAAUUCGCGGUAACCUCGCAGCCGUGAGCCAGCCAAAGGUGCCAGUGCCGAUGCCGACUGGACCAAGCGACAAGCGGGGCUUCAUUUGGGUCUCUUCACGUGAUGCCGAGAUCUAUCCUUUGGUACUCUGUGUGGGUCUCGGCGUAUCGGUUGCCGUUUUUAGCGGUGUUCGCCACCUGACAUCCGACCCUGAUGUCAACGUGAGUCGUGACCGACGUGAGACGCCAGCGUGGGAGCGCUACGAGCCUGAGGAAGGGAAGACGUUUUCGCGGAACCGCCACAACUUCGCCAAUCUCCAACCGAAUCCGAUCAACACGUUCGCCGAGUCUUCUUCGCAUCAGGAAGAGACUGCUGAAACGCAUUGA